UAUACUCCACAAAUUUCUCACUACACAUUACACUUAAACUACAUUAACUUGUUAUUGAACCAUCUUAAUCCUCACUUGUACCUUGUGAUCAUCAUGGCAAAGAAUGUCGCUAUCGACCGCCUUGCACUACUUGUCGUGGUUGUCGCUGCACUGUUACUAAUCGCGAUACCAGUAUCAGAGGCGGUUACGUGUAGUCCAGUUCAACUAAGCCCUUGUGCUCCAGCAAUUAUGUCCAACAAACCACCAUCGGGAGCAUGUUGUCAAAAAUUAAGGCAACAAAAGCCUUGCCUAUGUGGGUACUACAAAAACCCUACUCUUAAGCGUUAUAUUAACUCUCCUGGCGCUAAGCGUGUGGCUUCCACUUGUAGGGUCAGUGUUAGGUGUUAAAUGGACAUUUUAUCUAAAAAAUUUAUACUUCUCUGUUCCGUCGAAUUUAACCACUUUAUAUAAAUUCUCAUGUUAAGAAUAAAAUUCAAAUUAACGGAAUUGAGGAGUUAAGUAUAAUAGUAAUACUUAAGCCUUUGAUUACUAUAUGUGACCAAGGAUGAAAAGAGUGUACUUUUAAAAAUAAGGUUAUCUAUUGUUUUUGUUGUUAUUUACCUAAUGUAUUAGGUUUUGUGGUAUGAAAAUGCGGCAUAUAUCAUAUGUAUGUAUACGUGCAUGCUGUAUAGUUGUACGCGAAAAUCUUUCUAUUUAUAAAGAUCUUAUAUUUUAGUUAUAUUCUAGUAUAAUGUAUGGAGUGUGGUCCUUAUAAAAGUAGAAGAAUAUGUACUUUAAAAGUUUAUUAUGUAUAAAUUAGUAAAUUUUGUAAAAUUAUAUUAAUGUGAUCAAUGAUCAAUUAAAAAAAAUAACUUUAUA